AUGCUCUCUCUUGUCUCCCUGCACCCCGCAUAUAUCCGAGUGGAGUCAGUCACCCUCAAGUGCUCGGCUCCCAGGAGUGAGAGGGUGACGGGAUACAGGUUCCUCAUUCAAAGAGCGGAGCAGAUCCCCAAAGGUGUCUUCAGCCAAGGCACCUCGGUGAUCAGCAUGACUUACUCAGCAGAGAGCAUGUGUGAUGCUCCCCAGGGAUACCCAGGGCUCUGGGGCAUGCUCCUACCACCCGCCCUUAGGCCCAUGAAGACUGAGCUGGCGCUGGCUGGAGCUGCCCUGCUCAGGUACCAAGAAGGGGACACUGCCCCCCUGCCGGCUCCCCAGCUCACCGUGUCCCCGAAGCAGCCUGUCUACGUAACGGGAGAAACUGUGACCCUGACGUGCUCAGCUGAUGGGGCAUCCACUGUGUCCGGGAUCUGGUUCUUCAGAGACGGCCAGAAAAUCCACUCCAAGGAACUCCCCACACCUUGGUACAGUUACACUGAGUCCAUUCAACUGUCGGAGAUGUCUAGAUCACAAGCCGGAAUGUACACCUGUGAAUCCUGGAAGACACUGUUUUGGCGAGAGAUCCCAUCGGAGAGGAGCCAACUCAUCUCCAUAACAGUGACAGAUUGCCCUCCCCAGCCUUCGCUGAGCAUGGAUCCCCCAUCCGGAGUGGUGAGCAAAGGGUUCCCCCUGCUCAUCAUCUGCAUGGCCCCCAGGGAUGCUGAUCAGCGGAGGUUUCACUUCUACAAGGACAGUGUCAAGCUCGUUCCUGGGGAUGCAGGGUCUGAGAUCAGCACCACAGAGCCCAGCACCAGCUCUAUGAACAUCUCUGUGCUCAGCAUCCUGCAGGCCGGUCCCAGCAACACUGGGGAAUUCACCUGUGGAUACGAGGAGAACAUGAGUGGGAGGUGGAUCCCAUCCCCCAGGAGCCACGCUCUGAAUGUCACUGUGACAGCCUCACACUAUACCCGUGACAUUCUGCUGAGAACUGGUGGUGUCUUACUUCUGACUGGAGCCCUGGCUGCUCUGCUCUGGUAUUGCCAUAGGAAGAAAAGAGUUCCAAAGCCUCUGAAAAGCACCAAGGGAUCUGAGCCUGGAGAACACACCAGGAACCUGGAUCCUGGUUGUGAUAAUGAGGGAUCAAAAGCCACGUGUACCGGAGCAGAGCAGAUGGAACAGGGCUCAGAAGUCACCUACGCACUCAUGGUAUUCCCGGCCUCACAGGCCCACGCAACCCAGCCGACAAAAAAUCUAAAACCUGCUGAAGAUGAGCAUGUGCUGUACAGCGAGGUAGUGACAACACACACCUGGAAGGCAACUAAAUAAGGAGGGGAAACUCUCUAUACGUCUCUCUGCAUGUACCCCCCUCCUCCAGGCAUCCAUAUCCUUAACCCUUUAUACCCCAAGAGCCCUUUUAUGCCACUUGGCAAUGGGCACACCCAAAGCACCGCAGACAGAAUAUUUAGGCAACCGGCAUCUUGUCAGGUAUCAUAUAAAAACUAGUAACCCAUUGGUCAUGAACACCACUGCGUGAUGUAUGCACGGGUUGUGUAGAAAGUGUUACGUAUGUAUGCUGGAAAUACGUUAUGGAGGUAGUUGAUAAAGAAGCCGGCCCUAGACAAAGGAACGUGGAUUCAUGCAUCUGCGUGAAUCAGGCUAACUGGCAGAUAAGAAAAACAGCCUGGCUUGUGUGCUGCUGGCAGGUCUGAUGCCCACUCUUGCCCAGGCUGCAGGUAUUAGCUGAGAACUUACAACCUCAUAACUGGAGACCAGACCAGGUCACCUGUGUGUUAGAUUUGCUCUAAAUAGGUAUUAGUCUUCUAAGAAUGUCUUUAGUGUUUAGACUCUAUGAAAUGCUUGUAUGUUGCUGCCUGCAUUAAUCUCACGGAUAGAGUCCAUAUCCCAUGGUGUAAGGUGAUAGUUAAGUGUUUGCUCUGAAACUGUAAACGCCCACAGUCUGAAGCGAAACAUGACCAAGUGUGAAAUAGAAGUUUUCCACAAGAGGUGUUAUUUCCUGCCCAGCAAAAGAAAGCCCAUAGACACCAGACAAGCCAUUGUGGAACAUCAGAGGACAAAACACUUUGUUGAUUGCAUCCCCCAACCCAUAUAGAGGAGACGUGGAUGGGAACUUCUCCCCUGCUCUUGAACUCUGGGGGAAGGAAAUAAAAAUCCCUGACAAGAAGAAAUUGCAUUUUUUUGGCUGUCUGAACUCAGAAAGGCCAGAGACUCUGAACUGAAGCCAGAGAUCCCCAGGGGCUGCCUCCUACAUCUACCCUGAAAGACCCUUUGAAUUGACAGAUCACUACAAAUCUGUCACUUUUCAGAUUUACGUGGUAGCUCAUUGGCGUGUCUCUAAUUGAUUGCUUUUACCUGCAGAUAACUCUCGUAUUCC